CCCUCUGAGCUGCUACACAGGACUUCGUCACCACAACACAUAAGGAGCGAGGCUUGCUGGUUGUCUCACUCUCGGGAGCAAAGAUUCGAGAUGCAGCAACAGCAACAAGAAACCUUGUUUUCUUAUUCCCCUUCAGAUCUGCAGCGCCCGCUGCAACAGCGGAUGUCACGCGGACAUUCGUAUGAAGAGAGAACUGCGUGGAACCCAAAGUGCUCUGUGGUUGCUGACCGUCAGAUGCUGCUUCUCGAUGAACAGGAGGCGGGGAAGCGCAUUGCCUCAGCCAGGGCCCAUCUUCUGCGACGCACCAUCAGCGUCCCAGUGGAAACCCAGUUUCCAGAGUUCCACAGCCAGCUUUCCACAGAAAGUGAAACUCAUGAGGAACAAGAGGAUGAAGAUGUAUCUGAAGACGAAGAUGGGGAAGAAUGCAACCCAGAGGAUGAUGCAUCUUCAGAUGAAGAAAAAUUGGAAAUUCCUUAA